AUGCCUACAUGGCACCAGAGGUGCGUGCGCGGUCGUACGACGGCCGACUUGCCGACGCGUGGUCGCUUGGUGCGGCUUUACCUGAAAUGGCUGGGAUUCGAGAGGAGCCGAAAGAAACUGGGAGCCAAAGAGUUUGCGGUGAAGCUGGGAGCGCUGCGAAAAGCUUAUUUGGAGGUUGAGAAGAAGGGUGGAAAACAGAAGGUUCUCGAUGAGGUGAAACGAUCUUUUGGAAAGAAAUGGUCCAGGGCUCGGCCCAUUCUGAGUGCGGUUCAAGUCAAAGAUGUGCUUGGGUCGGUGGUGGCGAAUUUGCGGACGGAGCAAGGGACUUUAUAUACUAAAGAUCACCAGCGCUUGAAUGAGGGUCCAGAAGUGCUAAUGGUUCUGAAAAAGAAGAUAUGUACGUCAAAAGACGAACUUGAAGCUUUUACAAGAAUUGUGAAGAAGCACAGCUGCUACGACGAGGAUGCAAACGCCGAUCAAAAGGCGGUGGCACAGCAUUCCAGCGGAAAUGGGAAAUGGCUGGAAGCGGCAAAGGAUAUAUCCGAGCUGAUCGCCGCGAUGAGAGGCAAC